CUUGUCGCAACGUCGAGAACCACUAUUUUAUAUUCGUAGGGGAGCCUGGCAAGAUACUCUAUGAUUCUUAGGAAACAUUCCUCAAGACUAAUACUUUACAUCACCAUGUAUUUCAAUGGACUAUGACCGCCCCGCCCCUCCAGUGACAGACAGCCUCACGUACUGCCACUCCACUGUUAAUCAUAACGCCAUUCUACCUGCAUGAUGAACUCCGCAAUAGUUUUCACGUUAUCCUUCUUCCUCUCCCUUUUUCUUUUCGCCGCCUCCUCUCUCGUUCCUCCACGAACUCUCCGGCAACUCCUCGUGUUCGCUUUCGUCUUGUCUCUUCCCUUCCUGAUCGGCUCUCUCAUUACCUUGGCGGUUAACCAUUACACCCGUUCUCGAGCCAGAAGCACAACCAGUACACAACGCCUACACAUGUCUUUUUGACCCCCGCAUCAAAGACUACCGACAAACAAAUCGGCGUGGAGACAACUGGUAUGAACCCAGUAUAUUCAAUAGCAUGGAGUCUGUCCAGGCGAUGAUCGAUCGCCCCUCCACCCGCUUCGGGCUAGGUUUGAUUGGCGCCUGGUGCGCUUGGGUUAUAUAUAUGUCGUCUAUCUCGAUCGAGAAUAAUUACUUGGGGUCUUGUUUUGUGGUAUUCUUUGGCGGUCUGAGGGUAUUGGAGAACAUUAUGAAGGUAGGACCAUACUUUGUUCGUAUACUCCGAUACAAUCGUCUACCUGGCUCAGAGGUUUCAGGCUCUACUGAGGUCACAGUGUCUCACGGAAGUACACGAAAAGAGGAAUUAUGCAUGUUGAGAUAUAGAUUGUAUACUGGGCUCUGAUACAAUGAUAUUAUGUCUCCAU